AUGAGAUGUUGGUUCCUCAGGCAGCAAUGGCUUUCGGGCGACGUCACCGUUUGUGGGGAAAUCUGCCAGCUUCUCAAACUCCUCAGUUUCAACGCACAAUUUGUCAUGGAGAGCUUUGAUGACGUUAAUUUAAUCGGCCCUGAUCCUGGCUUUCUUGAUGAACAUCUCCCUAUCUCUAGCCUUGACAGUAAAGCAAGGAAACCUGUCGACGUGGACUCGAAGUCAAGCACCCCCACAUCUAACCAUUCCGUGAACGUGGGACGCAGUCAAAUUGAAAACAAUGGCACUGAGCGUGCACGAGACCCAUCAGUGUUAGAAUCCACACUCGAGGAGGAAAAUGAUGAGCCCUGGGCUGCAACGUCUUUUAAGCAAGACUCGGCACCCAGCGCUUCUCAGAAGCACCGUUUGGAUGGAGACGCCGAGGAUGAAGGUCUCGAUAGAAUCUUCAAGUUUACCUUGUACGAAACAGCUACUAGGUUCUACAUGGUUGGUAUCAAUCUCUCAGAGACUCGUUUUCGAAUCCUGAAAAUAGAUCGCACCUCUGAAUCUGGCGAGUUGGGAAUCAUCGAGGAUGACAUGGUCUACAAUCAAAGGGAAAUGGUCCAGCUACUGGAUACUAUCGACGAUGGCAACAAGAGCACGGGUGGAUUGAGACAAAAAUGUAGCGCUUGGGCUUUGCUUGGUUUUAUCAAGUUCACGGGGGCAUAUUACAUGCUUCUGGUCACUAAAAGGAGCCAAGUAGCCAUGCUGGGUGGCCAUGGCGUAUUCCAGAUCGAUGAGACAGAGCUCAUACCAUUGACAAUGUCAGGCUCGUCUCGUCUGAAACCUGAAAAGCAACCUGAAGAGGAGAGAUAUAAAGCCAUAUUGAACAAUCUCAACCUAAGUCGGUCUUUCUAUUUCAGCUACUCCUACGACAUCACACGGUCAUUGCAGCACAACAUCUGCCGCGAGAGACACGCACACAAGGAUGGCUAUGCUAGAAUUAUACCAGAGGAUUACAACGAUAUGUUCGUUUGGAACCAUCAUCUUCUCAGCCCCGCGAUCACCGCUCUCAAAAACCCUUAUCGUUGGUGUCUUCCAAUAAUCUACGGGUAUCUGAAUCAGGCGAAAUUGUGCGUUUUUGGACGGAUAGUAUACAUAUCUAUCAUUGCUCGUCGGUCAAGACACUUUGCGGGCGCACGCUUUUUGAAGCGUGGUGCCAACGAUCGAGGAUACGUGGCGAACGAUGUGGAAACUGAACAAAUUGUCUCCGAGCAAAUAACAACAUCAUUCCACUCUGCCGGCCCUAUCCUCCAUGCAAGUCCAAAUUACACCUCGUAUGUUCAGCACCGUGGCAGCAUACCCCUCUACUGGAUACAGGAAAAUACCGGCGUUACGCCAAAGCCGGAUAUCGAGCUGAAUCUGUUGGAUCCUUUUUACUCUGCGGCGGCGUUGCAUUUCGAUGAUCUUUUUGAACGAUAUGGGGCUCCUGUCUACAUCUUGAAUCUUGUCAAAUCUCGAGAACAUACGCCACGAGAAUCGAAAGUCCUUAAAGAAUUCACCAAUGCAGUGACCUAUCUCAACCAGUUCCUUCCACCAGAUAAAAAACUGAUCUAUAAGGCCUGGGACAUGAGUCGUGCAGCAAAAAGCCGCGACCAAGAUGUUAUACAAACGCUGGAGGGGAUUGCCGGAGAUAUUAUCCCGAAGACUGGGUUUUUCAAAAAUGGAGCUGAUGUGGAGUCAGGUCUGCAGCUACAGAAUGGUGUCGCACGAACCAACUGUAUAGACUGCCUUGACAGAACUAAUGCGGCCCAAUUCGUGAUUGGCAAAAGGGCACUCGGUUACCAACUCCAUGCCCUAGGUGUAAUCGAGGAGACCACGGUUGAAUACGACACAGACUGCGUAAACCUGUUUACUCACAUGUGGCAUGAUCACGGUGACUCUAUUGCAAUUCAGUAUGGAGGGUCCCACCUGGUCAACACAGUGGCCACAUACCGCAAAAUCAACCAGUGGAGCAGCCACUCCCGUGAUAUGGUAGAGAGCUUCAAACGAUACUAUAACAACUCAUUCCUCGAUGCUCAGCGCCAAGAAGCUUACAACCUCUUCCUUGGAAAUUACAUAUACAUCCACGGAGCACCGAUGCUUUGGGAUCUUUCCACCGACUACUACUUGCACCACGGCCGGCCUAGGACGCAAUUGGACAAGAAGAAGCGAAACUACGUGAAUUGGUUUACACCAGAGUUUCUCAAGGAGAGAGAAUUUCCGCCUCCUCCAUCUCGACCCAAAGUGCCGCUUUCUCAAAUUGACGACUACUGGUUUGAGUACUACCGUCCACAUACGCUGUCUUCUCUCGCGAAAAACUUUGCGUACAAGAUGAAUUCCAGCCUCGACUACCUUCCGCCAUUACGCCCAGGGCAAACGUCACUCGAUCUCAGCCCGUUUGUCCCUCGUAUAACAGCAGACCAGAUUCCACGGCCAGCACCGAGAAGCGUGAAAAUUCAAGAGCCAUCCGACAGCCGCCCUCAUUCUUCAACCUCCAUACCUAGCUCUGAUCCCGCCUACAACUGGACACACCAACCUCCAUCCUCUUUCAAGCAAGCUCCCUCUGUUGGAAUCAUCAAAGAUUCCAUCUUCGAGAUAUCUCAGGAGUCUCUAAUCCCACCAAUCGCUCCUCUCAAUUCUGCACCUUUGAAGCCUAGUAAAGCGCAGAUCGCCCAGUGGACAUUAGGUCAACUGGUCACGGACUCUUUGAGUCCCUCCGUCACCUCAACAGAGGCGGCAGAGUAUGAGCGAUACAUCAAUCACCCCCUUAAAGUUCCUCUGGUCGUCACGUUUGAAGAUGAAAUGACGGCCGUGUCCCUGCACGCGAAUGGGCCUAACCUUGACUUGGCCGAAUAUGCCAAUAAGACCAAUCUCCAAGAGAAUGUGUUACAAUCUAGGGCCGAGAACAACUUGGAUGAUUAUGCAGAGUUUUUGAGCGUGUCAGAUGAAUGCCUUACUGUCGUCAGUGAAGAUUAUGAGAAGAAGAGGUAUAAGCGAUACCGACAGUGGUUACGUGGAAAGAGUCUUUUCAAGCAACGUGUCGAUGUUUAA